CUGUGAACUGGUUGAGAUGUAUUGACAAUGAGUUCCCUUACUAGGUGGACUGAUAAUCUUUCUACCAGUUCGGCGUGUAUUAUGUGGUGCGUUUGCUGCAAACAGAACCCUCUCCCGCUUAUAUUGGGCAGUCGAGAAAAGUAAAAAUGGUGUUAGCACUGAGCAGUCCCUUACUAAAAUUUGAUUUCGUUUGGGAGCUGAGUUUGACAGGAACGACGGGACGAAACUUUGCAUCUAACUAAUCGUGGGAGUCGGUGAAUUUUGAAGUGACAACUCACUUAGACUUCUACUUUUAGCGCACAUGUCGUCUGUGUUCCGCUCAAAGACGGCUCGAAUAACGCUUUCCAAUCUUUCGCCAGGACCAAACUCACAGCACGCGCAAAAACGCCUUGGUAGAGGUCAAGGCUCUGGUCGCGGAGGAACGUCCGGACGAGGUCACAAGGGCCAAAAGGCUCGCGCAGGUAAUGGCAAACCAAAAGCUGGAUUCGAGGGUGGUCAGACACCGAUUACGAAGAGGUUCCCAAAGAAGGGCUUUGUAAAUCCCAACCGGAAGGUGUACGCGCCUGUUAACCUGGACCGGAUACAGUAUUGGAUUGACCAAGGUCGACUACAAUCAUCGCCUGAGAACCCCAUUACAGCCCGUGAAUUGCUCUUGAGCGGAUGCAUUCAUAAUGUACACGAUGGAAUCAAACUUCUGGGCGACAAUGCCCCAUGUUUGAAAACGCCUAUUCACAUUACACCUUCUCGUGCAUCUCAAAGUGCCAUCAAAGCGGUCGAGUCUAUUGGAGGAAGUGUGUUCUGCCAAUACUACAACCCAUUGGCUCUUCGUGAUUGUGUCAAGAGCCGUGAAGAUCGUAUUUCAGCAGCACCAACUCGUCGCACGGAUAUUUUGUGGUACACUAACUGGCACAACCGAGGAUAUCUUUCUCCUGAAGCUAUUGCGAAAAACCCAAAAGUGGAGGAGCGAUGGAAGGAACUGUCUAAACAGUUACUUUCUUUCAAGGACCAGACUUUCGAUACUAAGGGCAUCAAAAAGAUGUAGACGUGCUAGGUAGAUUAUGAUAC